GGAAAACCCUGGGCCCUGGGUAAAGCAUGAACGGAAGAGUGGAUUAUCUGGUCACGGAAGAAGAGAUCAACCUUUUCAGGGGACCCUCAGGGCUGGGCUUCAACAUCGUUGGAGGGACAGAUCAACAAUAUGUAUCCAAUGACACUGGCAUCUACGUCAGCCGAAUCAAAGAGGAUGGGGCUGCAGCCCAGGAUGGGCGGCUCCAGGAGGGUGAUAAGAUCCUCUCGGUGAACGGUCAAGACCUGAAGAAUUUGCUGCAUCAGGAUGCUGUGGACCUCUUCCGAAAUGCUGGUUAUGCCGUGUCGCUCAAAGUGCAACAUAGGGUGCAGGUGCAGAAUGGGCCCUUGGGUCAUCGAGGGGAAGGGGAACCAAGUGGCAUCCCGGUUGCCAUGGUGCUGGUGCCAUUGUUUGUUGUUGCCAUGGCAGCAGCCUGGGCCAUCAUGAGAUAUCGGCAGCGGCUGUGAUCAAAGUUUGUUUCCCUCCAGUGCACCCCGAUGAAGAUCUUACUUUCUCCCUGUCUCUGUCUACCUACCUAUCCACUUAUGUACAGAGCCACCACAUGAUUUAAAGAGAACGAAUGGACUGUUCUGUUCUGGACUGAUGUUGGGAAGGGCUUGUCCGACUACUGAAAAGUUGUCAUUGUUUGAUAAGGGGUGGAGGGAAGUGGGAAAUUGGUUGGCAAGCUAAAGGAGAGAGGUGCUGGGGAUGGGAGAGAUGUAUAUUUCACCAGGGUAACCAGCAUUUCAGCCUCUGGCUUUGUCCCCUGCCCACCUAGUCACUCUGGAUGAUACCUUAUCUCUUGCCUGGCCUGUUUCAAGGCCAGUUGUGUGAACUGAGAGAAAGAGAAAGGGCUUUUCUCUCUUUAUUGGUUUUACUUGGGAACUCUUUGUGGUCCUCACUUUCUUCCUCACUGCAAACCUAGGUGCCUACAUUGAACAAAGGAGAAUGAGGGGGCCAUUUUUACCAUUGAAAAAUGUGGUAGUACAUGCCUUAUGGAAAAUUAAAGAGACAAAGCUACUUUGUGGUUUCUAGGUUUCUGAUGCUAGGGCUUGCACUUAAUUGAAGAUGUAAAUAUAGUCCUGCACAGUGAGAGAGCACUAUGGAAGGGGCCUGGGCCUAGGGAGGGAUGAAGCUGAAGGAACUAACAAGAGAUUUCUCAGGGAAAAUAUUUUUCCCAUGAUAGCCAUGUGGGAGAGGUUCCCUACCCCCCAAUUUAAAUAGGCACUUAAAAAAUCUUUGCAAAAAUAAAGUCCAAGAUCUUACAUUUAAAAUUUUAUGAUUUGUAAAACAUUAGCUGUCUCCCUCCUCCACAGAACAUCCCUAACUCCACAUGCACCCUUCUUCCUUUCCCUAUUUUCCCAUAGUUUUUUCUCUCACUAUUCCCAUAUCCCUAACUGUGACUGAGUACCCUCUGCCCUAAACUCUUAAGGUCCCCACGUAUUUUGAGUCCAGGCCCCCAAAAUGUCCAGAGCCUGUUUAGAGACUGCCCUGAGCCCAGAUGAUGGCCUUGUGAAUGCUGAGCUGAAAAUUGAGAUCAAGUUUUAUUAGAUCAGAAAUAUCCAGGAUGAUUCUGUGUAAAAAUUCCUCACAUUUGUAAGGGAUGAAAGAGGCUUCUCCCCAGGUCCCUUCUCUCCUUCCUCCUCUUAUCUUGGUUGAUACUUGCAUGUACUGGGUAAAAACACAGCACUUGGUUCAGUUUA